GGCCUGUCCAACCUGGUGGAGCUGAAAAUGGCACACAACGAGUACAUCAGCUACCUGCACACGCGCACGUUCACAGGGCUGAAAAAGUUGCUGCAUCUGGACUUGUCGGACUGUAACCUUUUCAACAUCCCCGACCGCAUCUUCACAGAGCAGACGGCACUGAAGGAGCUGCUCUGCUUCCAGAACAACUUCAGGAGGAUCCCUGGAGCCAUCAGGGGCAUGGAGAACCUGACCCACAUCUACCUGGAGAGGAACAAGAUCGAGGCAGUGGCCUACAACUCUCUGCUGGGCCUGGGCAGCCUCAGGUACUUGAACCUCCAGGAGAACCGCAUCAACGUGAUCCAUCAGCAGGCCUUCCAGGACCUUGUGCGGCUGGAGAAUUUCUACCUCAAUGACAACCUGCUGCCUGCUCUGCCCCAGUUAGACCUCAGCCACUUCAGGAUGCUCAACUUGGGGGGGAAAAAGUUGACCAGCAUGUCCAAGACCUGGUUCAGUGACCUGGUGGAGCUGGAGGUCCUGUACCUGGACAGGAACCAGCUGCUAUACAUCGAGGAAGGAACAUUUGAGAACCUGACCAGCCUCAUCACGCUCCACCUGAACAGCAACAACCUCACCACCCUUCCCCUCCCUGUUUUCCAGCCCAUCUACUUCCUGGGCCAUCUCUACCUUUUCAGAAACCCCUGGGAGUGCGACUGCUCCCUCAAGUGGCUGAAGGAGUGGAUGAAAAACUACAAGCUGGUGCGGGACAUCCCCUGCGCCUCACCUUCCUCCGUGGCGGGGCUGGAUCUCAGCCAGGUGGUCUUCGCCAAGGUGAACGGCACCUGCGUGGACCCUGCGGAGCUGAACCUGACCACUUCCUCCUCAGAGGUCCCUUCCACCACAGAGAACCAUUUCAACAGCCUCAUUUCCAAGCUGCUGCAGCAGGAGCUCAGGGAGGAGGUGGGGAACAGCACCGAGAGCCUCCGUAAGGGGACGCUGCCAGAUCCUAAGGACGGGCAGCUCUCUGCCGGUGGCGGAGGGCAGCAGGUAGCACACUCACUGGUCUGCUUCGUGCUGGGGUGGCUGCUCUGUUGUUCCUGCGCAUGAGACCUGUGGAGAUGGGGUUGAGCUUUUCAGAUUGUCAAUGAGAUAAAAUAUGUUUUUACUUUCUAAGCAAGUAGCAAGGAUGCACACAUCACUGCUGCAUGUGUGGUUACUGGUGUGAAUCUGCAGUGCCACAGCACACACUGGGAUCUGGCACGUCUCUCCAGUCAGAAUACAAGAAUGGCUUACAAGGAAGACUGAUGUUCAUAUGAGCACUUUACACAUCUGACCUCUCUUCCUGGUUCAGACACAAAGUGACGAGUGCUGGUUUCAAACUGUGGUGAACUCCCAGUGUUUGUUACAUAAUACUCAUAUUAAUUAUCAUUAUGUAAUAUUCUUAGCAUUACAUAGUCUGUUGUGAGUGUGUUUUCUGUUUUCAUCUCCUGCAUGUAUCAGUUUAAAGGAGAUCAGAGCUGCCGUUAUCUGCUGAACAGAUGUCCUCUCAGCUUCUUUCUAUUCAUUCAAGCUUCUGCAGCUUUUCCAUAAAUGCCAUGAUCUUCUUCUUGUUGCUGCUGCUUGUGCACGGUACAGUGUAAUGGAGGGACAGUGAUCUUUGUCCUUACAGAGGGUGUUUUGGGUGGGAGAGGGAAUAAAGC